AUGUUUGCCAAGCGUCUUCUUCACAAAAUUCAUGUUCAUUCUCAGGGUCAGAGUAAUCUUCUAAAGAAUUUGGAUUUGGAAAUCACUUCUCACUAUGGUAUUUUAACUGGAUCGUCAAUUCUUGCUUUUGAUCAUGUUCAAAGUCUAUUGGCCAUUGGCAGUCUGGAUGGUAGGAUAAAAGUGAUUGGUGGUGAUAACAUUGAAGGGCUUUUGAUUCCUCCUCGACAGUCACCUCACAAAUACUUAGAGUUCCUACAAAAUCUUGGCUUUUUGGUUAGCAUAUCAAAUGAUAAUUAUAUUCAGGUGUGGAAUCUGGAGACCAGAAGUAUUGCUGGCAGUUUACAUUGGAAAUCAAACAUCACUGCUUUCACUGUUGUGGUGGGCUCCCAUUUCAUGUACAUUGGAGAUGAAACUGGGAUGAUGUCUGUUCUAAAAUACGAAGCUGAUGGUGAAGUCCUGUUGUGUUUGCCAUACCAUAUAUCUGCUGAUUCAUUGGCAGAAGUAGCCCAUUCAUCAGUUCUUGAUCAACAACCCAUUGUUGGACUUCUUCCACAACCUUGUUCGGCUGGAAAGAGAGUACUGAUUGCAUAUGAGAAUGGACUAUUGGUUUUAUGGGAUGUUGUUGAAGCAAGAACACUAGCUAUCAGAGGCGAUAAGGUCCUCCAGUUGAAGGAUAAAUUGGUUGAAACUCCUAGCGAGUUGCAUAAUAAUAUAUCUGAACUUGAUUUUGAGGGCAAAGAGAUUAGUGCACUUUGUUGGGCUUCCAGCAGUGGCUUCAUUCUUGCUGUUGGAUAUGUAGAUGGGGAUAUUAUCUUAUGGAGAACUGAGGCCCGUAAUGGGGGGAAACAGGAUGGAAAUCAUAUUGUCAAGUUACAGAUAAGCCCCAGCGAUAAGAAAUUACCAGUCAUUGUCCUUUGCUGGUCUUCUGAUGUUAAAUCUGAUGAUGGUGAUGGGCAACUUUUUGUAUAUGGAGGUUGCGAGAUAGGAUCUGAAGUCAUAACGGUUUUAAGUCUUCAAUGCUCAUCCAAAACGAAGGUUUUAAGAUGUUCACGACGUAUCGAUCUCACACUCAAGAGUCCUUUUGUAGAUAUGAUUUUGUUGCCUGCAAUUAAGGAAAAAGGGAAUGACCAGAAUGCUGCUCUUUUGGUACUAACAACCUCUGGGCAACUGCAUUAUUUUGAUGAUACUAUCUGUUCUAAUUCAAUUUCCAGAGGCGAGGAAAGAAUAUCGGCAUCUUCUGUUGACAUCCCUGCAGUAAUACCCACAGACCAUCCACAUAUGACUGUGGCAAAAAUAUUUAUGGUACCUUCAGGUGGAAAUUCAUCAAAUGCUUUGUUAAAGAUAGCCUCUCUCGCCGAUGACACUCCUAAGGUGUUGCCGAAGGGUGCAAGAUGGCCAUUGAGAGGAGGCAUAUCUAAUCCAAUGACACUUUCAAAGGACAAUGAGGUUAAGAGAGUGUAUAUUGCUGGUUAUGAAGAUGGAUCUGUUCGUAUGUGGGAUGCUACACAUUCAGUCUUUACUCUUCUUUUCAUUUUUGAGAGCAAUGUCACUAUGCUAUUAGAAGAACAAAGUAAAAUUGAUGGCGUAGAGGUGGACUGUUCAAGUACUUCCAUAUCACAAAUGGACUUCUGCUUCCUCACUUUAAGUCUAGCUGUUGGAUGUGAAAGUGGUCUGGUUCAGAUCUACAACUUCAGUUGCAGUUCCAGCAUUAGAAGUUUUCACUUUGUCACACAAUCCAAACAUGAAGUCAGAAGUUUACUCCAAGGAAACUAUGAAGCUAUAUUCUGCCUUAACUAUUCCUCCAUUAGAGCGCUACAGUUUACAAGUUCAGGAUCCCAACUUCUUGUAGGAUAUGACUCUGGUGAAGUAGCAGUUCUUGAUAUGAAGUCAUACACCAUUCUCUCCUUAACAGGGGUUCAUUCUGUCCCUAGCUCACAAAUUGUUUCUAUUGCUUCAAAAACAAUUAUUCAUUCUAACAAUCAUAUUAAAAGUCCAAAGAAUGAAGGACAAAAAGUUCCCAAUUACUCUGAGGAUGAUUUGAUAUUUGUGCUAACGAAGGACACUAAUGUCUGUGUUCUAAGGAAGAGUGUUACUGGCAUAAGCAGCUCUCAACCGCUGUUCUUGAAGAGGACUGCAACAGCAUUGUCUAUUUGUAUCAUAGACUUUGGAAGGGGGAUUUGUGGAUUAUCGAACAAAGAUCAGGAUGAAGGAUCCAGUAGCAAUGAGCCUUUGCUGAAGAAGGCAUUUGGUAGAACUGAUCAAAAACCUACAUCAGAGAAUGCGGACUUUUCAGAAAGUUCAAAGGAUUCACUUAUGUUGUUGUGUUGUAAAGAAACCAUUCGCUUGUAUCAUUUAGAGACUAUAAUUCAGGGAAAGAGAAAAUACAUCGCUAAAGUGAAACUGGCCAAGCCUUGUUGCUGGGCAGCUACUUUCAAGAAAGAUCAAAUGGUUGUUGGCUUAGUCAUAAUCUUUCACAACGGAGAUUUAGAAAUCAGAUCUUUGCCAGAGUUAGAAUUGAUAAAACAAGCUUCGCUUCAGUCAACUUUAAGGUGGAGUUUCCAGGAAAAUUUUGAAAGAAGACUAUGUUCCACAGAGGAUGGUCUUAUUACCUUGGUAAAUGGGUGUGAAUUGGCUUUCAUCUCCCUUAUAGGCGGUGAUGAUAACAUAAGGAUAUCAAAAUCUUUGCCCUCCCUUCACGAUAAAGUGCUUGCAGCCAUGCCAGAUACUUCUUCGGGGGAAAAACAGAGUAACCGUUCCAAGUUAUUUGGUGGAAUCAAGAACACAAAUACUAGUAAAAAGGCAGAUAUUACAAACAGUUCUGACUAUAGCCAUCUAGAAGACAUACUUUCAAGAGAUCCAUUUCCUGAAGUCGUGGGUAAUGAGAAGGGUGAUAUAGAGCUCGACAUAGAUGACAUUAAAAUUGAUGAACCUGCAUCUCUAGCAUCUUCAUCGAAUAAAAAUUCUAGAAACAAGAAAGGAAAGAGUGAAAGGAAGAAACCAAGUGAUGGUGCAGAUGUUGAUAACAUGCCCAAAAUUCAAACAUAUGAGGAAGUUCUUUCUAAAUAUAGGAAAAAGGAUCCUUCUGUGAUCGAACAAGCGAAAAACAAACUCAUUGAGCGUCAGCAGAAACUAGAGAUGCUUAGUAAGAAAACAGAAGAUUUGAAAAGCGGAGCUGAAGACUUCAAUUCGUUAGCGGAAGAGCUUGUCAAGGUAAUGAAAGAACGAAAACCAUGGCAUUAUUGAAGCAAGAACAAGAUUAUUCUAGUCAUUGGAUGAUGAAGAUGAACCAUUCAAUAAUAUUAUAUUGCUUGUUUUUUUGUGUUUUUGCCUUGAACUGGUCAUAUGAAUUAUGAAUCUAUUUACUUAGGUUUGUUUAAUAGGGGUGGAUACUUUUCUAGUACUUUUUAUUUUAUUUUGUUUAUAGAAAUAUCCAUCAGUUUAACA